AGAGGUCGCUUAAUCAAUCCACUGUCCGUCGUUCCUAAACCUCCAUGAUAACUCCUGGCACCGCGAGACUGCGCGUCUCAGCUGCCGCGCUGGGAGGUCGCAGAAGUCUCAGGAGUCGCAGAAGGCGAGGAGGUGGACACGGGUAAGUCGAUGUCGGGUAUGAUGUCGUCGGCUGGAGGCAAUCGCCAGCCAUUGUCGGUAUGGGCAGAGGAAAUCUCGUUUCGCUUUUCUUUUCCUCUCUCUCUUCGUUUCCCAUUCCUCCCACCUCCCUUUUUUUUUUCCUUUUCCCCCCUCUGUCGCCAGAACGGGAGCCCGCCCAGAUCUCGAUGUCCAUCCAGCCUGUCACCUAAUGCCGAGUGCCAAACCCAGGAUUCCCGUCGAUGUCCACACCCCCCCCGGCAUCUCCCAUGCCUCCUACUUUGUAUCUGCAUCCCAUGCGUCAAGACCUUCUCAGACCCGCAUCAUACACCUCUUCUUCUCGACUCCACUAACCUACUUGACCUACUUGAGCCGUCCAGAGGUGGAAUACAUACCUAUACCUCCUGCCUACAUACCCGUAUACGUAUAUAUACCUUGGCCAUCCUGUGCCUGUCCGUACCCUGCCCUCAUAACUCGUGGCUUGCCUGCUCUCUUUCUCCCCCCCUUCUUCUCGCGCCUUCGUUUCCGCCUCUUUUCUUCCUUUCUCGCUUCUUGUCCAGCUUUGCUCCGUUUGUUCGACCCUACCUAUACGACGCUGCGGCCCAUCGUCUAUCCGUGCGGCUAUGGGCGUCGAUCUCUCGCAAUAGGCAGGCUGGUUUCGUCGAGGUAGCUGGGCAUGGUACAUAUCCGGUCAGUUCCAACUUAACACCCUCGUCAUUUCCAAGGCAGAUUACCUGCUUCAUUACCACUUGCACCACGCAGAUACCUGGCCAGCCUGGGGUCUGGCCCUCCGUCCUCAUUCGUCCAUUCCUCCCGCGCACACCCUUCCAACUUCCGCUUCACGGCAAGGCCCUCUUCCCAAGCCGCCAAGCCCAAUAUAUACAUAUUGUAGACCAGGACCCCGGACCCAACUCUACGCUUCUUAACUACCAAUUUCGCCCACCUAUCAUCUUUUGUCUUCGAAACCCUUCCCGCCCUGAACUGAGCUCUCUGCUAUCUCACCUAUGUCAAUCCUAGCGUGACUGGCCGGUCGCUAAUGCUCCGUCGAAGCACUCGGCAUAGAAGUUCCAAUGCUCAUAUAGGAGUAGUUUUGUGCCGUCCCUGCGGCUUUGCCGCCUCCCAGCAUCAUGGGAAACUCGCCUUCCGCUGAGGCUUCGAGGAGGGGUCGACGGACAACUCAGAAGUUGUCUAAACCUCGGACGGGCAACCCGACGGCAGCUGGCCUGUUGAGCUCUAGUGGCCUCGCUGCUUCGGCGAGGCGCAUUUCCGGUCUCCCAGCGCCUUCGCCGGCAACCUCCUCACCAAAGUUUCUCGAAACGGAUCCCGCGAUAGGGGCGAACCCGUUGGAUAGCAAGAAAGAGCCACAGUCCAGGCCACAGUCCAGGGCUCGUUCGCUGAGGCGGAUAUUCCGGUCUAACACAUCUAAAGAGGCUCGCGGCCGCCAACAGAGAUGUGAUAACACUGUGGUGUCGGAACCUCAGCAUGGGCGUUGGUCAAGUAGGGCGAGUUCGUUAAGAGAUGGGCCUGAGGUGACUUACAAUUACGGCCAAGCCCACACACAAGGGUGAGCUCGGUUGUAUAACUAUUACCCUGGGGCUUCGUACUGAUAAUG